CCCACAGAUGCGAGGGAUGCGCUGAAGCCCGGCGCUGGGUGAUGCUGCUGACAGACCCCCGAGUCCCCACCCGGGGGGUCUCCGCAGCCAGGGCCUGACCCCACAGAGCCGUUUCAGCGUGCUCAGCCCGCGACCCCCCUUGCAAAGGGAUUGUCAAGACAGAGCAACCACAGGACGGGGGCUUCAAAAUGACCACACGGGCUUUGAUUCAUAGUGGUUUUGUUUUUUUUCUCUUCUACUUCUCUGGUUUUUAAUUACCUUUUUUCUUUUUUUUCUUUUUUUUAAAUACAUCCAACUGUGUUAAUUUCUUAUUUCUGGAAAGGGCUAUCUGCACCAUAACUAUCACCUUUUACAUACACACACGCACACACAAAAAAGGAAACAUAUAUUAAAAACACUUUUUAAGCAAUACUCUGGAUACAAAUGUAUUUUUUAACCUACAUAUAUUCUAAACCUUCUAAACUUUUAAGGAUCACUUUAUCAUAAAAUAAAAUAUCCUUUUUUCUUAUAAUAAAUUACCUAAUAAAAAGUAUUUUUAUUAGCCCAGUUCCUUGCUACAUUUACAUGUAAUAAAUGCAUUUAUUAAAAUAGAAUAUUAAAUUAUAAAGAAAUGUUCUAAUUUUAAAAUCUUAAGUCUUUUUUUCCCUCCUCUCUCUCUCUUUAAAAAACACCAGUAAAUGCAUCAAAAUAAACCCUUCAAAUACCAAAUAAACAGGUUGGAGCAUUUUGAUUUAAGAGGUUCACAAUAUUAACAGUCUGAGCCUUUGUAUGGAUGGAGAUUAUUUUUUUUUAAGAAAGAAAGAAAAGAGAAAAAAAUAAUAGAUAUCCCUCCAGCUGAAAAAUACUUUUGCAAAUGGGAGCUAGGACAAGAUAUUUUUAUAGUAUCUCCUCAUUAAAUAUAAAUCCAAUUUUGGUUCUUUUUUUUUUUCUUUUGUUAUGUAUUAUAAUACAUACUAUUCUCUAUAUAAUUUAUGUCGAUGAGGAUGACAUCACAGCAUGAUAUUACUUUAUCCCUCCGUUUCCCUUUGUUAGGUUUUGUCACCCUCUCCCCCGCAUCGUCCCUUCUCCAGGAGUCCCUGUCCCCGUCGCAGCAGCUCGCAAGCACCGGCCGAAGAUGCGGCAGGUUUCGGGGGACGUGGCAGAGCAGCGCAGGCAGCACCCCAAAACUCCCCUGCUCAGCACCCCGCCGCCACCCAUCCGCGCCCUGGCCAGGACCGGGGAGCCCCCGCUCCCACAGCUCUGCCCGGGAGGUCACCAUCACAAGGAAAGGUCGCAGGAUGAGUCCCAAAUUCAGCGAAGCACCGCAGCCCCCCCACUUUCUUGGUUUUAGCAAGUGCCGAAGCCGGCUGAGGUUUGGCAAAGCACGUCCGUACAUCCCGGCGGCGCACCCGGCACCGAAUUGGUCCCGGUUUUGGCCAGGUCUGCUCCAUUCCCCCACGGGUCUGCUGCUGCGCGGCCCCAGAAGCCCCCUGCUAACAGCUCAGCACCUUCCAAUGCGGCUCUGCUCCGAGACCCCUGGGUUUUUGGGGACCUGCCCUCCACCCCACUGCUUGUGCCCUCGACGGCCGUGCCACCCGCCUCGCAAAGCGCCCGGAUACAGCUCAGCCCUGUGGCAGGAUGAGUGCCUGGGGGGAGGCACAACACACUGCCACCCGGGCAUGGCAAGUCACAGGCGGGUCCUCAGCCGGCUGCCCACCCUGGCCUCACCAUCCCCACGGCAGAUGAAAACCCUCGGGGGAACAACCCGCUCCCCUGCCUGGCCAGCAGCACCCAGGGGAUACCAGCAGCACCCAGGGGAUACCAGCAGCACCCCUCGGCACUGGGCCACCCGCGAGGUGUGGAGGAUCCAUCCAUCCCAGGAUGGAGCAUCCUGAGGACCAGGCUCCCUGCGAGGCUUUUUGCUGCUCCUUAAACCAGAGGAAGGGAGAACCGGGCGGCUCGGCAAGACCCAGCACCGCGUGCC